AUGUCGACACAGCCCUUACUGCAGCGUACGGCCGCCAAACGCAUUGCCCUCCCUGUCCGAGUGGAACCCAAAGUCUCUUUCGCCAAUGAGCGUACGUUUUUGUCAUGGUUGCAUUUCACAGUUGUGCUGGGAGGACUUGCGGUGGGUUUGUUGAACUUCGGAGAUAAGGUCGGAAGGAUUAGCGCGGCCAUGUUCUCCGUUGUUGCCAUGGCAGUCAUGGUGUACGCGCUGUACACGUAUCACUGGCGUGCUGCAUCUAUUCGACGAGGUGGACGCGGUCCGUAUGAUGACAGGGUCGGCCCGACAAUAUUGUGCAUUGCUUUGUUGAUCGCCAUUAUCGUCAAUUUCGCCCUGCGGUUUUCGGAUAUCAAUGACUGA